GCACAUAAAUAAAUUGCAUGUCACUGAAAUGCGCAUGUUGCGUUGGUCAGGAGGAGUCACGUUGCUGGAUAAAAUCCGCAACGACUACAUAAGAGGUAGUUUCAAAGUCGCACCUAUAGCUGAGAAACUCAAAGAAAAUCGUCUUCGGUGGUAUGGGCAUAUUCUACGUCGCCCAGAAGAUCAUAUGGUCAAGUUAGCCUUAAACAUGCCGACACAAAAAAGAGGAAGCGGAAGACCACCUACCACUUGGCUGACGACAGUCCAAAAAGACAUGAAAGAUGUUAACGCAGACGCUGAAAUAGCCAAAAAUCGUGUAUUAUGGAGGAAAAGGACAAGAAAGGCCGACCCCACUUAAAUGGGAAAAGGUCAAGG